GGCCGGGCCGGCCGGCGUACCACGUCCCAACGCCACAGCUGCACGCCUGCACUAGCUUAAGUGGAGGCACAACCUUUGACGACGAUUCGAUUUCGAUCGAGAUGGAGAGCGACUGCCAGUUCUUGCUGGCGCCGCCCAUGUACGGCGACGGCCAGUUUCUGCAGCAGCAGCUGAUGGGCGGCUCAGGGGAGAUCAGGAAGCGGCGGUUCACGGACGAGCAGGUGCGGUCGCUGGAGAGCACGUUCCACUCGCGGCGGGCCAAGCUGGAGCCCCGGGAGAAGGCGGAGCUGGCGCGGGAGCUGGGGCUGCAGCCGCGGCAGGUGGCCAUCUGGUUCCAGAACAAGCGCGCCCGGUGGAGGUCCAAGCAGCUGGAGCACGACUUUGCCGACCUGCGCGCCCACUACGACGACCUCCACGCCCGCGUCGAGUCGCUCAAGCAAGAGAAGCUCACCCUCGCCGCGCAAUUGGAAGAGCUGAAGGAGAAGCUGAGCGAGCGGCAAGACCAGAGCGGUAGCAGUGACGACGGCGCCGAGCACGAGGUGGAUCACGACAAGGACGUCAGGGACAACAAAGUUAGCUGCGUCGUGGAGGAGGAGGAGGCCGAAGGCGCGGCGCCGGUGGUGGACGUCGUCUCGGAUGAAUCGGCCGUGGGCUGGUACGAGUACGAACGCCUGGCGUACGGGGGUGGUGCUGCGGCUGCCCUCCCCGAGCCGUUCUGCGCCACCCCGGAGCUGUGGGAGACGACAUGGCCGCUGGUGGAGUGGAACGCGGUCGCAUGAAUCAACCACUGCUAGCUCGAUCUGUGUAUGUACGUACGUUGGGUGAAGGUCGAUGUUGUUGCUAGCUCGUCCAGGGAGUUGAUCAACAGAGAUCGAUUACCGAUGGGGUCAAAUUAGGUAGAACCACAGAGCAGAGAACUAGGGAUGCAUGCAACUGGGACGGUGAAAUCUACAUGCUCUGCACGAGAGAAAUCAAUCCGACAGUCGGCUGCGUCGACUCUGGGAUCGAUUCAUGUCCGUGAAAAUGUCUUGAGAGCCAGAUCGAUCCGGUCCAACGUCUGCGUGUCGCUCAUGUGGUUCCCAUAUAUUGGCGCCGCUACCGACGGAAAAACUACUGUUGCCGAUCAAAAAAAAAUAAUGUUUUUUUCCUACUA